GACGCUUCCACCGUUCCCAAGUAACCCAACACAGAUGGGAAGCUCUUCUCCUCCUCUCCUCCUCCUCUUCGUCCUGCUCCUCUUCCCCUUCUCUGCGCCCUCGCCGGCCCGGUCGGGCACCGUCGUCCCCCGACUCCCUGGCUUCCGAGGCCCUCUCCCUUUCCACUUGGAGACGGGGUACGUGGAGGUGGACGAGGUGAACGGAACGGAGUUCUUCUACUACUUCAUAGAGUCGGAAGGCAACCCCAGCGAGGACCCUCUGCUCCUCUGGCUCACUGGCGGCCCGAGGUGCUCCGCCUUCUGCGGUCUCGUCUUCGAAGUGGGUCCUCUAAAGUUUGUGUCUGCCAAAUACAAUGGAAGCUUGCCGAGCUUGGUAUAUCGUCCGUAUUCCUGGACUAAGGUCUCCAACAUGAUCUUUUUAGAUUCUCCGGUUGGCUCUGGAUUCUCAUUUUCAAGACAUGUUGAGAGCUAUUAUGAUGCUGGAGACAUCUCUUGGUCCCAACAUGUUUAUACCUUUCUCAUAAAGUGGCUUGUAGAUCACCCAAAGUUCCUCUCCAAUCCUCUUUACAUUGCUGGAGAUUCUUAUGCUGGGAAGAUUGUUCCAAUCGUCGCUCAAGAAGUAUUGAAUGGUAUUGAAGCUGAAAAAAGACCACUACUUAAUCUCCAGGGUUACGUAAUUGGCAACCCGGUUACGGGUGAAAAAAUUGAUCUAAAUGCUCGAGUGCCAUUUGCUCAUGGUAUGGGGAUCAUUUCAGAUGAUUUCUUUCAGUCGAUACAGAGAAGUUGUGUUGGACAAGAUUAUCAAAGUCCCAUCGAUUCAGAGUGUGAAAUGUGUUUUGAUACUUUUGAUGAAAUCCUGUCAGAAAUUAACAAGUAUAAUAUCUUGGAACCAAAAUGUGCUCCUGCGUCCCCAAAGCCAAAGACUAAAGGUAGAAGAGCACUUAAGGAGGAGUACCUACAUCUACUUAAGCCACCGCCUACUCCUGCUCUGAAUUGUAGGAACUAUGCUCAUAUUCUUGCCUAUUAUUGGGCAAAUACUGAUAUUGUGAGGGAGGCUCUCCACAUCAAGAAGGGAACAGUAGGAGAAUGGCAGAGAUGCACCUAUGACUUACCAUAUACGAGGGACAUCAAGAGCAGCAUAAAGUAUCAUCUCAGUGUCACAAGCAGCGGUUAUCGGGCGUUGGUAUACAGUGGUGAUCAUGACAUGCUAAUACCAUUUGUGGGGACAAAUCAAUGGACAAGAUCUCUCAACUUCUCCGUCAUUGACAACUGGAGAUCUUGGCAUGUCGAUGGCCAAGUUGCAGGGUAUGCAACGACAUAUUCCAACAACCUGACAUUUGUGACAGUGAAGGGUGCUGGUCACACAGCUGUAGAGUAUAAGAACAAGGAGUGUUUGGCUAUGAUUCGAAGAUGGCUUUCUCAUAAACCUCUAUGAAACCCUGGUGACCUUUAAAUCACUAUUGCAUCAUGGCAGUUGCAUAUUAGAAGCGGCUCAGGACAACCUACUUGCAUUCUUUCAUUGUGACUCAACCAACAUGUACUCUUUCAAUGCAUUGGGAUAUGUGAAAUAAAUCCAAGUCCCUCAAACAGUUUGGGUGUUGCAUUCCAUAUUUAUGCAAAUCAUAUAUUUAAGCAUUAACAUUGUAAUGUAUUACAUUUUGUUGGAAUGAACAUGAUAUACGAUCGUUGGAGUUUGUGGUCA